GCGCUGGAGUUCCGCCACGGGCGCGAGGCGCCUUGUGCUAGAGGAGGGAGAAGACGCGCGAUCCUUGCGCGAGUCCCCGCUCGUGGGAGGCGUCCUUGCAAUAGAACUGCUCCCCCCACAUUCACCCACCAUCGCCACCCGCUCCAAGCGCCGAGAGGAGUCCCUGGGCAUUACUUUGCAAAAUGGCGUUCCAAGGAUGUUAUUCAUAUGAAAUAUAUCACUAAAUUCAUCUCCCAUUAAAAAAGCAGACCAAGAUGAACCAGGAAAUGAAAAGAAAUGCUGAGUGUUUGCAAAAUCAAGAUACACUGGCCGCAUCCAUGUUACAAGAAACCCCAUUUGACAGCUUGUGCCUGACAUCUCAAGCUGUUCUUGAGAGAGCCCAAAAACAAGGAAGAUCAAAAUGCCCCAGAUGUCAUGGAUCAAGGAUGUUCUACUGUUAUUCAUGUUAUGUUCCAGUUGAAACAGUUCCGGUUGAAGAUAUUCCUAUUGUCAAGCUUCCCUUGAAGAUUGAUAUAAUCAAGCAUCCCAAUGAAACGGAUGGCAAAAGUACAGCUGUACAUGCCAAGCUUCUGGCCUCUGAAGAUGUUACCAUUUAUACAUAUCCGUGUAUUCCUGACUAUGAAGAAAUGCAACAUGAAAUUGCACUUAUUUUUCCUGGACCUAAUUCAGUUUCAAUAAGCAACAUUCCUCUCUCUUUGCAAGCAAAAUGUAAGACCAAGGGCUUGUCAGCAGAGCCAGCGCCCAAGUGUGCAAAAUUGGAGCCAAGUCACAGUAGAAGCAUGAGUGAAGAUAAAUUGCCCAAGAGUGAAAAUGCCCUGAAAAAAAUUGUGUUUAUCGACAGUACAUGGAAUCAGACAAACAAAAUAAUCACAGAUGAACGGCUUCAAGGGUUGCUACAAAUUGAGCUGAAAUCUAAGAAAACCUGCUUUUGGCGCCAUCAGAAAGGAAAACCAGAAACUUACCUCUCUACCAUUGAAGCAAUUUAUUACUUUCUAGUAGACUAUCACAAGGAGGUCUUAAAAGAAAACUACGAUGGACAAUACGACAAUUUGCUUUUUUUCUUCUCAUUUAUGUAUAAGUUGAUCAGGAAAGCCAAGGAUUCUUCAGGAGAAAAGUGAAGUGUUCCUCAUGCAAAUGUCCCAAAAGAAAUGUGA